AAUUAUUGCCCUCUCUCCCUACCAUUUGGUAAGACAUAUUUCCAAGCUUGAUCAGAGUUUCGGGGCUGAGUAUACACGUCCACUAUAUAUCAAUACCAGAUCUCUCAUUUUCAGAUUCGAAAUUUGCUAUCAUUUUAUUAGGGGUUAACAGAUCAUAAAGCUGUUACUCUCACAAUUUCUUUGCUUUUGCAAUUCAAAUAUACAGCUUUGUUUCCUUAUUCCUGAAUACCAAAAACUAAUCAACCAUGGCUGCUGAAGUUGUUGCUGGAGCUUUUCUCACGGUUUCGCUGGAAGUGCUUUCUGGUAGGAUCCGUUCGAUCAUGGAGUUUGUUCGUAGGAACAAAGUGGAUGCCGGGCUGCUCAACAAGCUGGAGAUCAUGUUACUCUCUGUUAAAGGAGUCCUGAAUGAUGCCGAGAAGAAGCAAGUCAGCGACUCAAACGUCAGGCAGUGGCUUCAAAAGCUCAACGAUGCAAUCCACGACGCCGAGGACUUGGUGGAUGAGAUUAAUACUGAAGCUUUGCGAUGCGAGAUUGAAGGUGGUCAGUCUCAGUCUUCUAGAACCGGUACAUGGUUGUUUCAGCAGGUACGCAACUUCAUCUCGUCUAGACUAAAUGUUAAGGAUGUAGAACAGAGGAUAAACGACAUCCUUAACACACUUAAAUAUAUUGUGGACCAAAAGCAACAUCUUGGUUUGAGUGAAGGUGUUGAGCCUAUAACAUCAUCGUGUGCAACUACUUUGGUGAAGGAAUCUGAUAUCUAUGGGAGGGAUGAUGAUAAGCAAGCCAUCCUUGACUUUCUGUUAUCUGAUGAUGGCCAUCGCUUAUCUGUACUUCCCAUUGUAGGCAUGGCUGGGAUUGGCAAGACCAUCCUUGCCCAGCUUGUUUACAACGAAAUUGGUAAUAAGGUCAUGCAGAAACCUUUUGACAUCAUAGCAUGGAUUACGGUGUCCGUAGAAUCUAAUGUAUCCACGUUAACAGAAGCAAUUUACAAGGAGGUCACUAAAUCAUCAGAGUCCACCAUCAAGGAAACAUUUAAACUUCAACAAAAAUUGGGGGACUUUUUAAAAGGCAAAAAAUUCCUCUUGGUUCUGGACGAUGUGUGGAACGUGGAUUAUAAGCGGUGGUGUGAGUUGAGGAGUCCAUUUGAAUCUACUGCUCACGGAAGUAAGAUCAUUGUGACAACACGCAGUGCUGAUGUUGCAUCCGAUCUAGGUACUGUCCCCAGCCGUGAUCUGCAAAUACUAUCAGAGGAAGAUGGUUGGCAAUUAGUUAAAAAGCGUGCUUUCAAUGAUGUAGAGCAAGAUGUUUCUCCAGAUUUGGAAGUAAUCGGUAGACAAAUUGUUCGAAAAUGCAAGGGUCUUCCUUUAGCGAUCAAAUCACUUAGUUGUCUUUUGCACUCUAAGCAAGAGAUCAAAUAUUGGGAAAAUGUACUGAACAAUGAUAUAUGGGAUUUGCCUAAGUGCGAAGAUAUUCUUCCAGCUCUAUGGUUGAGCUAUUAUUAUUUGCCUUCUCAUUUGAAGCGAUGCUUUGCUUACUGCUCCAUUUUCCCCAAAGAUUAUAAAAUUGAAAAAAAAGUGUUGAUUUUAUUGUGGAUGGCACAGGACCUUUUGCAACCCCACAAAACAAAAAUACCAGAAGAGGUUGGAGAAGAAUAUAUUAAUGAUCUUGUAUCAAGAUCAUUUUUUCAAUAUUGGAGCAUGAACAAAAAUGUUAUUAUCAUGCAUGAUCUUAUGAAUGAUUUGGCAUUGUUUGUAUCAGGAUGUUGUUUCAGGUUGGAAGAUAAAUACUCGGAUGUUUCUAUAAGGAACGCUCGUCAUGUCUCAUCCUUUAAAUUCCGUACCGAUGAUGAGAAGAAAAUAAAGGAUUUGUGUGAACACAAAUUAUUGCGCACUCUACUGAAAUUGAAGAUGUAUAAUGUUGAACAUUUGCAAUCGAUGCAAUUUUUAAGAGUGCUUUCAGUGAAUUUAAUAACUCCAAUCCAGAUGAAGUUAUUAAAUUCAAUCUGCAAUUUGAAGCUCUUGAGAUAUUUGGAUUUAUCUUAUUCUGGACUUGAAGAAAUACCUGAUAAAAUUGGUACUCUAUAUAAUUUGCAGACGUUAUUGUUACGGAGUUGUCAUAGGCUUACUUCGUUGCCGGAUUCAAUUGGCAAUUUGAAGCAUCUAAGGUAUUUGGACUUGACUUGUAGUUCAAUUGAAAAGUUACCUGACACAAUAUGCCAAUUGCACGAAUUGCAUACGCUGAUAUUGUUUGGAUGUAGGGAACUUACUCAGUUAUCAAUCAACAAUGCAACUGAUGUUAUCAAUCUGCGUUGUCUCGACAUUAGUGCGACAGGUGUACGAGAGAUGCCACGUCAAAUGUCCAAAUUGGAAAAUCUGCAAAUGUUACCAAAGUUUGUUGUAGGCAAAGAUAGCGGAUCCAAUAUUAAAGAGUUGGGCAAGCUUAAUGAUCUACAUGGUUAUCUUAGUAUUGAAGGACUUGAGAAUGUUGUAAGUGUUGAAGAUGCUCGGGAGGCAAAUUUGAUAGAUAAAGUGCAUAUUACAGGAUUGACGUUAGCAUGGAGUGGUGAGAUUGGAGGUUCAGUUGAAGCCCGGGAGGUUCUUGAUGGACUCCGACCUCAUUUAGAUCCUGAGGAACUACAUAUUCACAAUUAUGGAGGUACAACGUUCUCGCAUUGGGUUGGAAGUCCUUCAUUUUCCUGUAUGACAAGGGUGAGGCUUAUCGAUUGUAAAAACUGUUUCAUGUUGCCUCCACUGGGACAGCUACCUUCUCUGGAAUUCCUUGAGAUUACGGGAUUGGAUAAGGUGGUGAGGAUAGGGGAUGAAUUUUAUAGUGACGGCUCUGUUAUCACUAAGCCAUUCAAGUCUUUGAAAUUUUUAUACUUUUCAAAAAUGGAAGAGUGGAAGGAGUGGGCAUCAGUAGAAGCGGAGGAUGGCGGAGUUUUCACAAACUUGAAGGAGUUGCAUUUAGAAGAUUGUCCGAAGCUAAAAGAGGCAUCAUGCUUACCUGAUUAUCUUCCAUCCCUGGAAACUCUUGAUAUAGCAGGUCACCACCUGGUGGCUUCACUCUCAAACUGUCGAUAUCCAUCGCUCAGUUUAUUGACAAUUGAACGUUGUCGCAAAAUGAAGACAUUUCCAGGAGGUACAUUGCCAUCCACUAUACAAAAGAUUAUAAUUAGGGAAUGCCCUGAACUGGUGUCACUUUCAGAAGAGGGAUGGCCAUCAAAUUUAAAAUCACUUCAAAUUAGGGAUUGUCGGCACAUGAUGCAGUGGAAUCUGGGAAUGCUCACCUCCCUUACAUCCUUAUAUAUUGGGUCCAUAUUUGAAGAAGAGAUGGAUGCAUUUCCAAAGGAGGAAGGGCAACUUCCCACCACUCUUACUUCUCUUUCGCUUGAUGGUCUCCAAAAACUGAAAUCCCUGAAUGGCAGCGCCCUUGCACACCUCACCUCCCUUCAAUAUUUGUUCAUUGGUAAAUGCGGUCAGAUCCAGUGCUUGCCACAACAAGGGCUGCCCACCACUCUCACUUCUCUUCACCUAUUUUCUCUUCCCAAAGUGAAAUCCCUAAACAGAGACACAUUUCGACAUCUCACCUCCCUUCAAAAAUUGACCGUUGUAUAUUGCGAACAGCUCCAGUGCUUGCCACAAGAAAGGCUGCCCGAGUCUCUUUUGGAGUUGGAGAUCUGCCAAUGUCCAUUGCUAAAGCCACGGUGUGAGAGGGGGAUAGGGGAAGAUUGGCCUUACAUCUGUCACAUCACUCGCAUAGUCUUAGAUUGGAACUACAUUUGAUUAAUAAUGUCCGCUCUUUCAAAGAAAAAAAAAAAGGAAAUAGCAGGUGGCUCAAAUUUUCUGAUCCAAAAACCACAACGAGAUUUUUGAAGCAUGUGAACAAGCUAUGCACUGGGAAUUGAAAUAUAUCGGCAGCUCUGUUUCUCUUCCUUCUUGGUGGCUCUUUCUUUGGAAUCACCCAAUUGCAUUCGGUUUCUAAUUAGGCUGUUGAAACCAAUCAUCUCUACUGCCAUUGAAGACAAAGUACCAAAAAUAUCUUCUGGGCUUCUGUCGCUGUGCAUGGUUGCUGACACCUUGCAAAAUAUACCACCAAAAAAUUAGAUUCUCGUUCUGCUGCGAUUUUUACCAAGGUUCAUGAGAUUAUUGUAAGUUGCAAGGAAAUAAAACCAAGCUGUGGGCAUGAAAGUGGAGCAGUAAAGCCAGAGUUAUGCCCAAAAUGGAUUGCUUUGCUGACCUUGGAGAAAGCUUGCUUAACAGCUAUUUCUCUUGAAGAAACCACUGGUACAGUGAGGAAAACUGGGGGCAAUUUUAAGGAAAAGUUAAAAGAGCUUGGAGGUCUUGAUACUGUUUUUGAGGUUGCUAUAAACUGUCAUUCAGAUAUGGAAGUGGUUGCAUGGUCCAUGGAAAGUAGCUCGCCUUUUACCCGGAUACAAAAGUUGACAAGGAUAUGCAUGCUUGAAGAUCAUGGAAAAUGCCACAUGCUUAAGUAAAGAUAAUCAGAGUCAUUUACUUGGAAUGAAAGGAAACAAGGAUCGUAUCUUUCACAGAAUUUGUUUAAGUGCGCCAUUCAGAAUCCCUCAGCUUUUUACUUGGUCAAAAAUUCAUCCGAUGCAUCCAAUAAUGAGAACUCUUGUAAUCACUCUGAUGGCUCUGGCAAUGCUUCUGAAAUGUCUUUGGCUUUAAUUGCAGACUACAAAGCAGGGGAAAACAAUGAGACCUUAUUCAUUAAUUCUUCUAAGAACUACAUAGAUGUUAAUGAAGAAGGCUCCAGUCUUGUUUCUGACUUCUUCUCACUGCCGUUAAGGUGGCUCAAAUUUUCUGAUCCAAAAACCUCGAGGAUCCUGGAGGGUAGAGAAAAAGAAAAUGCAGUAACUUUUUUUAUUCUGUUUUUGUUGCUGAUUCAACAAAAUCCAUUUCAUCUCGGCAAGCCUUCUUAGUUUUGAAACAAAGUUCUAGCUGCACUUGACCAUUUCACUUCAGGAAUUUACCGGGAUGUUUAAAGCAUAUGACAGCAAGCACGGUACUGCUAAUAUUACUGCAGCUGUUUGUAAGAUAUGUUUCUCAGUAUCUUGCACCCUUUGUUUCUCAUAUUACACUUGACUGCUACUCCCAUUUCCUCAAAAAAUUAAUUAUUUACUCAACCUUUGAUAGAGUUUUAAUCUGCCAUAUGGUAGUCCUGUUUAUUUAGUGCCUCUUUCCUUUUAUCAAAUCUCGCUGUUGCUUACCGAUCCCUUUAUAAAUCUAAGUCUAGAUUUUUUAUUUGCAAUCUAACAUCAAUGUGUCUUAAUUUUUUCUAAUUACUAAAUGAAAUUCUUGACAGGGUUACAGUUUGUAUUUCACACUUUAUUGGAUUGGUGUAUUUACCUCAUUUCACAAUUGCUGAUUUCAACAAUGACAAGCUUCCAACCAUGGCUGUUUCUCAACAAGUCUAGCACUUUCUUGAUUGUUUAUUAAAUUUUGAGUAUUGAAGUAUCUGCAGCAUACCAACAUGGAACUCAAACUGCAAAACUUCUAUUCUCUUAUUUCUUUAUUUGUUUUUCUCUUCUUUUCUAAGGACGAACAAUGGAGGUCUACAAAUAUUCACUGCUUUUUCCCGUAAUAGAGUUUCAGAAUUCGUUUUUUUUU